UAGCACUCUCCUUUGGAGUAAAAUAGUUUAAGAGUCAUUUCAUGGAAUACGGCCCAUCUACAUUUCAUUAUUCUAGUUAUUUGCACAAUGAGCAUAUACGUUUCCCACGUCAGAGGUUGAACUUUUACCUCAAGUCAAGUCAAGUGUAGUGACAGGUUAACUGGUUAGACAACAUCUUCAGACAGGGUGUGACACGGGCAGGUCAGCACUGGAAGCUUGAAGAUCUCUAACUUUGUCACCAACUUUGUCUCACAGGCAUCCAUCUGUAACCAUGGCUACCUCCACCCGGAAGCCCGUUGCCCUGGUAACGGGAGGCGGGAGCGGCAUCGGCCGUGCCACGGCGGUCAGGUUUGCUGAACUCGGGUACAGCUGUGUGGUGGCUGAUAUCGACGAGCAGAGCGCCAAGGAGACACUGAGCAUGCUCCAAACUCCGGGCAUCGCCGUCCAGGUGGACGUUACCAUGACGACAAGCGUGGAAGCCAUGGUAACCGCGGCGGUUCAGCGCUUCGGGCGGAUCGACUGCGCCUUUAACGGCGCCGGGAUCCUGGGAGCUUCGGCACGGAUCGUGGAGUCGCCCGAGGACGCGUUCGACCGCGUCAUGGACGUGAACGUGAAGGGCGUGUGGCUGUGUCUGAAGUACGAGAUCGCCCAGAUGCUGCAGCAGGAGCCCGUCGUGAGCGACCCGGCUAGAUGGGCCGACAAGCCGGACGUGUGCCGCUUCCGCGGGGUGCGGGGCAGCAUCGUCAACGCCAGCAGCCAUGCAGGUGUGAACCCCUUCCUGUACCACAGCCCCUACUGUGCGUCCAAGUGGGCGGUCCUUGGUCUGACUCAGACCGCCGCAAUAGAGUACGCCAAGGACGGGAUACGCGUGAACGCCGUCUGUCCAUAUGUUACAGCUACUCCCAUGUUAACGCUCCUGAAGGAGCAGUCACCACCAGAUAUUCAGCACAUGCUAGACGCCACAGGUCACCCUUUGGGUCGCCAUGCAGCUCCCGAGGAGGUUGCGGAGGCCGUGUGCUGGCUCUGCAGCGACGCCUGCCCGUUCACUACGGGAGAGCACUUGAAAAUCUCAGGUGGACUGUGAAGGGUGAUGGGUUACAAAACCGAAAUUUCCUUAUCCCAGCAUCUUUUCAAUCUGAGCCUCCCUAAAGGUGGUAUCUCACUGCACUUGGGGCACCGGUGCGUCACCGCGGGGUUCGAAAGAUUACCUAUGGAAUUUCAGAGAUAAAGAACGACUUUUCUUA